AUGGCAACUGGUUUAUCUCUCUUCUCGUUGAGCGGGCGCACCGCGCUCAUCACCGGUGGCACUCGUGGCAUUGGCCAGGCUAUGGCCUUUGCCCUGGCGGAGGCUGGUGCCGAUAUCAUCCUCGUGCAGAGAGACGCCUCCAACACUGCUACCAAGGACGAAAUUGAGAGCCGUAUUGGUCGCAAGGUAUACAUUCACGUCGCAGAGUUGUCCGAUCGCAAGGCCGUCAAGGAUAUUGUCCCCGCAGUGACUAGCCAAGGACUCAAGCCCGAUAUUCUCUUGAACUGCGCCGGUAUCCAACGGCGACACCCGAGUCAUCAGUUCCCUGAUGAGGACUGGGAUGAGGUGAGUCACUUCUCAAGCUUUCUUGUGUAUGUUGAACAUGGCACUAAUCGGAAUUUCUGGAUCCAGGUCAUCGAAGUCAACCUCUCUUCUGUCUUCGUCCUCUGCCGUGAAUUCGGCGCAUAUUUGCUGUCUCGAGAUGAAUCCGAGUUCCCUUCCGGCCGUCGCGGAAAUAUUAUCAACGUCGCAUCGCUCCUUACUUUCCAAGGUGGCAUCACCGUCCCCGCCUAUGCGGCCUCAAAGGGCGGCAUCGGCCAGCUGACCAAGGCUCUUUCCAACGAGUGGGUGUCCAAGGGCAUCAACGUCAAUGCCAUUGCUCCCGGCUACAUUGACACCGACAUGAAUGUUGCGCUGAUCAACGACUCCAACCGCAAUGCCGGUAUCAUGGCUCGUAUUCCCGCCGGCCGGUGGGGCAAACCGGAGGACUUCAAGGGUGUGGUUGUUUUCCUGGCCAGUGGCUCCAGCAGCUACGUUUCGGGAGAAUUGAUUACCGUCGACGGUGGCUGGAUGGGCCGGUAA